AUGAGACAACGUUUUUUUGUUUUGUUUUCAUUAGAUCAUUCAGCUAAAAGCAUGGUUUAUAUACGAUUUCAUUUACCUGUAUUAUUACCGUCUUAUUCAACGUUUACUGGUUACAUAAAUAAUAAUCUUAUUCGAUUAUGUUCUAUUUGUCUUAUAUUUUUUUCUCAACCUAUUUUAUCAUCUUCCAAAUCAUAUGAUCGAGCAUUAGCUAUUGCUAAAUCGAUUGAUGAAUAUUCGUGUAAGAAUUAUGUACUAACGUGUUUCUUUCGCCAACGACAUCACCCAUCGUUUGAUAAUGAACAAGAAUCGGACAAUUGUAAAUAUAUAUUAAUUUUACACUUAUGUCUUCAUCAUGAUCCCGAUACAAUACGUAUAUGUGAACAAUCAAAGUCAAAAUCAAAAUCAAAAUCCACACUCGAUCGUGCUAACUCAGAACUUAACGACGAAGAUCUAAGACAUUGUUUUACAUCAUCUGUAUAUAAAAAUUUCUAUGCUCAACAUCUGCGUUCGAUUUCACCGGCAAGAACUACUGUCAAGUGCCAAAUAUUCACGCUUCUUUUUCUACUUAUCUCAUUUGUCAUUAAGAUAAGAGUGUGUUGUUGA